ACCUGCUUGCAAAGGGCAGGCAUGCUCAUUCCGGGACAAGAGGAAGUCAGUCCUGCUCCCCGAGCCUGUGCCUCUCUGUCCCCUGCCCAGAGGAAGGGGGAAGCCAGGGGCCCCAUUUGGGGGCCCAGCCCCCAAUCCCACCCAGCAGAGGAAGCCAAGGUCGGGGCAGCUGUGAUUGCUCCCUGGUCCUGGAGAGGAAACUGGCCAUCUGCUUUAUCUGAAGAUUUUCAGCUGAUGAAGAACUAGGAGGCUCAAACACUAUCUUACCUGAGUCCAGGACGAGUGACUUGGAGAGUGUGCUCUUCUGUGGCAGGAUCAGGUCUGUCUAGGGCAGGAUGGCCCAGGAUCUCAGCGAGAAGGACCUGUUAAAGAUGGAGGUGGAGCAGCUAAAGAAGGAAGUGAAAAACACAAGAAUUCCGAUUUCUAAAGCGGGAAAGGAAAUCAAGGAGUAUGUGGAGGCCCAAGCAGGAAACGACCCUUUUCUCAAAGGCAUCCCUGAGGACAAGAAUCCCUUCAAGGAGAAAGGCGGCUGUCUGAUAAGCUGAUGGCACGGAGCCCCACCCUGAGUGUCUGUCCCUCUUCAGCCAAGCCCAAGUCUCCUAGACCCCCAGGGAGCCAGUGAACUGUCACCUUCUCUUCAUCACAGAAUGAGUAAAGAUCCCUGAACAAAUGCAUUGUGAACCCAUUCCCUACUCCCACCUUCAACUCUUUUCUCCCAUUAUUUCCUCCACCUCCUGGGUCUCUGCUGACCUUGCUGGGAACACUCUGAGGACAGUGUGGCUGGCUGAGCUGUUGGCCUCAUGGGUGGUGGGGUGUGAGGAGCCUGCGAUACCCUGAGACCCCAGAGGGCAGUCCUUAGGAAGCACUUACACCACCUUGGAACCCCUCCGUCUUUUCCUGCCACUCUCAUCCUAGGAAUAAAGCAUUUCCACGCCAGAGUAGUUUGGGCUGGGGGCCAGGGUUGGGGGGUCCUGUCCCUCCAUAUCAUGUCCUACCCUGUGGUCCUGUUCCUAGUCAUUUAGAUCACCCCAGAUGGCCUGAUGACAACAAGAGUUUGUGAAGUUAUGAUUUCAUGAUUUCUUUAAUAUUGUUGAGUAGUCUGUUAGUGCUGGGCACUGUGGAUGGAAGAGUGUGCAAGACGAACAUGGCUCCUAUUUUCAUGGAAUUUAGCGGAGAAGACAUGAAACAAUUUACAAUUAAGUCCAUAAAUGCUACAAUGGGGAGAGUCAAGGGCAGUGUAGGAACACACAGCCGAGAGACAUUCAGGGCAAUGAACAAUGUCAAUGUAAAUGCCGUCGAGGGGUGCAGAAUGGGGGCUGGAAAAGCAUGAGGCUAGAGAGGGAGAUUGGGGUCAAGUCUUGAAGGACCUUUCGGUGAACUCAGGAACUUUCUUCUUCAUCCUAAGGGCAAUAGGAAGCCUAGGACGGUAUUUAAGCAGAUUCUGGUUAGCAGAAGGGAGGCUAGAUCCCGCUAAGGACUGGGAAUGUAGUGAUGGAUCAGACCAAUUCCUGGGCCUUGCCAGCAAGGAAAGGACUGAAAGAGCCGCAGACAAACCAGCACUCAUGAUAUAAUGCGCUCAGUGCAACAUCAGAGAGGUCUGCGAGGGCUAUGAUGGAAUCCCAUAGGAGGGCUACCUAAUCUUGCUGAAGGGAUGCGUUGAGUCCUGGGAAGGAAGACAGGAAAGGCCUUUAGAAGGAGGUGAUAUCUGGAGCUGAGUUCUAAAGGGUUAAGUUGUCAAUGGGUGGAUGGAUGGCACUUCUGGUGGGCCAGUAUAAACAGAGGCAUGAUAUGAGAAAGGACCAUGGUUUGAAUGGGAGCACCAAUCAGGUUGGAGUGGGAAUGUCAAGAGGUCUAGAUCCUUAGGAUCUGCUGCUAGAGUGGGCUUGGAGGUGAUUAGAGGGGUCUUGCUUGCUGAACUAAACAAACUUAUUUGCUGGGAAUGACUUGGUAAUGUUAGAAGGAAAUUUGCUUUUUUGGGGGAGAGGGUGACAAAAUGUUGCUCUGUCACCCAGGUUGGAUGCAGGGGCACAAUCAUGGCUCACUGCACCCUCUGCCUCCUGGGCUCAAGCAAUCCUCCCACCUCAGCCUUCCAAGUAGCUGGAACUACAGGUGUGUGCCACCACACUUGGCUAAUUUUUAAAUUUUUUUGUAGAGGCAGGGUCUCACUAUAUUGCCAGGAUGAUCUCGAACUCCUGGCCUCAAGCGAUCCUCCUGCCUCAGUCUCCCAAUGUGCUGGGAUUAUAGGCGUGAACUACCAAGCCUGGCUGGAAAUUUGCUUUUUACAAGAUUGAACAGGGAAAGAGUGAAGGCAGAACGGCAAUUAAGGAGGUGAUUUUUCCAUCAGGGGUGAGGUGAGGAAGGCCUGAAUUAGGGCAGUGGCCGUAAGUCUCGGGGGCAGUAGGUAAGUUGAUGAGUUCUUUGAGAAAUAAAGUUUUCAGAUCUUGACAUUUCUUUGAGUUAUGAGUGAGGGAGAAUGAGUUGUCAAGGAUGGUAUCCAAGUUUCUGGCUUGUAGGGUUUACUAGAUAGAAAUGAAAGCAAGUCUCUGAAAACAAACCUAAUCUAAUAGUCAUCCUACAUACUACAGCUGCAGCCUCCCUUCCCCAGCUGAUCACAGCCCAAAUGCCAAGGGUGAGGUCACAGGGCCUCUGUGGUCAAAACCCAAGAUCUCCAAUUCCCAAUUCCAUCCUGACUCCAUCUCACCAUUCUGCAAGCUGGUGUCAAUUCAACCACUCUCCAUAUACUCUGCUCAAGAGAAGGAAAAGAUGAGGAAUGAGAAAGAAAAAACAUUAAAGACAGUAAUUCUUCCUUCAAAAAAUGAGGAAAGGUAAAUAUUCCAUAGGGCUCCAGCAGUAAGGAAGGAAAAAAAGAUGGGAGCGCCAGUCAUGCGGCCAUCAGCCAUGUGGCUACAGCUUCCUUCUUCCACCUGCCCAGUCCUUAUUCUCCUGUCUUCAUGCAGGCUGUCACUGGUUGGGGUUCUGGAUCCAGAGCGGCAACUCUAACCUCUGUUCCUGAGGCUCUUCAACCCUUGGUGGGACUCUGAUUAGAGUAGCAGUUUCUUCAGCCCACCGUUUCCCAGGGCACUGUGCCCCAGGUGUUCUCUGGUUCCUCCUGUACCUUUCCUGGCCACCCCAGGGUGUGGUAACAAUCACAGGACUCCUUGAGUCUCAGGGUCGGUCAUCAGCCUGAUACUCUGACCCCUUUUUCUGCCUCUUCCUAAUGCCAUAGGGAGCCUCAAAUGGCAGGUCAGAAAUCUCAGCUUCUAAAGGGAUUAUGACAUUGUGCCUUGUGGCUUCCUUCCCUCCCUUCUUUCUUUCUUUCCUUCCUUCCUUCGUUUCUUCUUUUUUUCUGAGACAGAGUUUUGCUCUUGUUGCCCAGGCUGGUGUACAAUGGCCUGAUCUUGGCUCACUGCAACCUCCACCUCCCGGGUUCAAGUGAUUCUCCUGCCUCAGUCUUCCCAAGUAGCUGGGAUAACAGGCAUGCACCACCACGCCCGACUAAUUUUGUAUUUUUAGUAGAGAUGGAGUUUCUCCAUGUUGGUCAGGCUAGUCUUGAACUCCCGACUUCAGGUGAUCCAACUGCCUUGGCCUCCCAAAGUGCUGGGAUUACAGGUGUGAGCCACUGCGCCCAGUGGGCAGCAUUCCUUUCUUGCAUGCCUAGACCUUCACACUGUUGAUUAGGAGGACAAGAAUGAUCAUUCUGAGAGUGAGUCAUUGAUGCCAUCUGAGCCAUCCUUUCCCUCCUCUAGCCUACAGAUCCUUGAGUUUUUUAGCCAUGAAGGGAAAACACUGUAAAUGGUUUCUGGUUCCAUUUAUAGCACAGCCAGGAACCUUUCUGACAUCACUUAGUCUUUGCAAAGUGGUGUCCACCUACAUGGCACCACCCUGGGUCUUUACUAGAACAGGCUAUCACUCUGUAAAGCCACUUGCUUCUAGAUAACAGAUACAUGGUGAGAUCAGCAAAUCCUGUUGACAGUAGCCCCAACCUUAUUUCUUUUUGUUUCUUUGGUAGUUUUAUUUUGAAGAAUUUUAGAUUUACAGAGGCGUUGCAAAGUUAGUACAGAGAGUUGCCAUAUACCCUUAACCCAGCUUCUCCUAAUGUUAACAUCUUCAUAACCAUGGUACUUUUAAAAUUAAAAAAUUAACAUUUGUUUAACACUGUUAA